UUAAGGAUAAGGUUUACAUCCAAAUUGACUUCUCAGCGAUUAUGUGGUUGAGGUUGCUUGCGCUGGCGUGUGUGACAGGAAUUGUUGUUGCUGGCCCUUUUCAGAAAGAAACUAGAUAUUACUGUGCAAAACAAUGUACUCAAAGGCAACAAGAAAAAUUACAAUGGAAGGUGGGAUCGGCUUAUGUUUAUCGUUAUCAGUCAGAAAACAUUGUAAUUUAUGGUGGAAAUCAAAAACAGAAAUCUUCUAUAGAAGCAGAAGUGGAGUACCAUAUUCUUACCAAGUGUGAUACUCUACUCAAAAUGAAAAAUAUUCGCAUUAAUCAAAAACUAACUGAAGAAGAAAAAGAAGAUUUGAAGAGAAAACUUGAAUUGCCGUUAGUUUAUUCCAACGCAGAUGGAACAUUUGAAACAGUGUGCCCAAGUCUUGAAGAAAGUACACAGUCUCUUAAUAUUAAAAAGGCCCUCAUCUCUACUUUUGUCAUCACUAUGUCAAAGCUCGAUACUCCAGAAGAAACUGAAGAAUAUGACAGCUUAGGGAAGUGCAACACAAAAUAUUCCAUCAAAUAUGGCAAAGAAUUGGUUCUAAAGAAAGAAAAAGACUUGAAAAGCUGUACCAACAGACACACAUUUCUUAGCUCUCUUCUAAAACAAAAAAUCCCAUCUUCUUUAAUUUUUGAAAGUGAUCACUUAGAGUGUAAACAGCACAUUGAAGAAGGCAUUAUCAAGAAAGUAGAAUGUAAGGAAUCAGAAAGGAUGAAGCCACCAUUGAAAGAUCAAAACAGCUGGAUUGAAUUUUCAGGAAGUUCUGAACAAGAGCUUAUUGAAAAAAAGACUGCAGAUAACUUUCAACUAGAAGAACCUUUGCUAUCAGAAGACAUCUUAUUCGAUUUAGAAGAAUCAAGGAAAGGAGACAGUAACGAAAAGGAAGCUGAACGUAUUUUAAGAAAGCUUUGCUCAAAAAACAUUAAUGUCGUCGACAUCAGCGUCAGUAGUGAUUUUAUGAAACUUGUCUCUUUAACAAAAGGCCUGUCAUACGAACAACUUGAAAAAAUGCACAGAUUUCUUCAAAACGGAAAAUUGUGCUCGUCAAAGAAAAUAAGGGACCUUUUUGUUGACACUUUACCUGUGAUUGGAACGGAUGCUUCUGUUAAACUUAUGGUGAAAUUAAUAGAAAAUCAAGAUAUAACUGGCUUAAAAGCAAAACUUUGGCCAGCAUCUUUUGCCCUAAUAUCAAAACCUACGAAGGAAGCAGUCGCCUCAGUUAUUCCACUUUUAAAAAUGGAUUAUUCUAUGUCUGUAAUACUUGGAGUCUCUGCUAUGAUUCAUAAACUAUGUAGUUUAGAGAAUUGUGCUGUUAUAGAUUCAGUGGAUGAAGUAAUAUCAAUCUUCAACCAGUAUCUGGGUCAGAACUGUUCUGCUGAUGACGACGAUAAGAUUUUAGCAGCUUUGAAAGCGUUUGGCAACAUGGGAUAUCAUGGCAAAGCGCGUGAAAACAUCAUUGCAUGUGUUAAAGACAGUUCAAAAUCUACUAGACUGAGACUGGCCGCUAUAGACGCAUUCAGGCGAAUUAAUGAUAAAAGGCCCGACGAAUUCAUUGAGAUAUAUUCAAACAAAAAUGAAAAUUACGAAGUCAGAAUUUCUGCCUUUGCCAGUGUUUUAAAACAUGCUGACGAUCAACAAUUUCACAAAAUCAAAGAAACAGCAGAAAGUGAGAAUGAUUCACAAGUUGCUGGCUAUGUGUAUACCUCCAUAAAAAAUUUGAAUAAAGCUUCAUCCCCUGAUAAACAGAAAAUAAAGAAAUUACUUGAUAAUAUACAGAUACAACCACCGAAAGUCAACUAUUGGGAAAAUUCUAAGAAUAUCGAGGUGACUGGAUUUAGCGAAUCCCUGAACAUCGGAGGAGGAAUUGAAGCUGACAUUAUUCACUCCCCUGACUCUAAAAUUCCACGCUCUGUUUAUACCCGUUUAAAUGUGGGUAUUUUUGAUGUGAACAUAAACUUGUUAGAACUUAGUAUCAGAGCUGAAGGACUGGAAGAAUUACUAAAGAAAGUUAUCGGAUUUAAAGAUAAACCCUCAAAAGAAAGAUCCUGGAGCUUAUUUAGUUCAAAGCAUUUAACUGGGGAGAGUGAUUCUGAAUUAUCCCUUUUUGUCAGGGCCUUGAAUACUGAAAUCUUUUAUCGAUCUGCAUCUGAUCUAUCUGGACUCGGAGAAAUGAUUCGAAUUGCUGAAAUAACGAAUAAGUUGGCACACGAAAAUAAUGCAGACUUCUCUCACAGCUUAGUUUUCAUGAAUUCUAAACUUGUAAUACCUAGCAUAACGGGCAGAUCAUAUACCUUCGACUUCACUGGAACUUCAACUGUAGGAGUUACUGCCAGAAGUAAAGUAGAUCUGUUAUCUCUGCCUCGAAAUGCUGAUGUCCACAUCCAUUUCCAGCCUAGUGCAAACAUAGAAUUCGCCACAACUGUUGGUAUUCAGUCAAACAAACACAGGCCAGAUGUCAAAAUUCUCUCCCGAUUAUAUUUACAAUCUGAUAUAGAAGCAAAAUUCAACGUUAAGGACGGACACAUUGCGAUAGCCAGCUUGACAAUGCCUUCUGAAAAUGUUGCAUUGAUAAAGUUGAGUACUGAUGCACUAGAAAUUGAUGCUCAUCAUAAAGAGAAGCGCAUCUAUGGCAAAAUGCAAAAGAAAAUCGAUUACUGUUUCAAGGGUCUACAAAAUACUCUUGGUAUCACAGCUUGUACCACAGUGGAAGUUCCUAAGCCUUUUGUGAUUAAAACUUUUCCAUAUCUCCUAUUAUUUGGAAGUACUGAAUUUGCUUUAAAGAAAUCUGAUGGCAGCUUUAGAUCCUAUGAAAUUCACCUUGAAAUUCCAAAACAUUACGGUGCAAACAUGAAAUACAAAGCUUCUCUGGAUACACCUGGAUCAAAGAUUCCACGGAGAUUCGCUGCUGACUUAGAAGUUAAACAGCAUAAAGAUCACCAGCAACUCUCUGUGCAACUUACAUCUCCUUUUAAGAUAAUAGGAGGAAGCGGUUCAUACAGUAAGAACGAAAGGCUCAUGACAGGAUCUUUUGAGCUUCACACCAACUCCAAAGAAAUAUUUUCGGUGAACCUUACAAGUAAAAUCACUCCAUCUAUAUCUAGAGAUAUAUAUGAAACAACUGGCAUGUUUUACUACUUGGACCAAGAGCCCACACGUGUCAACAGUUCUAUUACAGUUAUUAAAGGAAGAAAGCAUCAUUUGAGUUUCGUCUUCAAAACAAAUAAGCCAUUAUCGAAGCCAGUAGUUGUAAAAGGAACUAUUAUGAAAGAAGGACAUUUAGAUCUCUUGCACAAAGCUGAAGGAAAGUUAAGCACAGAAGUUUCUAUCGAAUCUCCUCUUGGUGAUUCAAUGCUAAGAUCAACAAUCGAGACAAGAUCUAAGAAAUUACAAUCUAUUUCCGUAAAUUUUGGAAUUGACUAUCAAAAGCCUGGAGAUAAGAAAUAUUCAGUUAAAUUAGCAGGAACGUUACAAAAUGGCCGAGGAAAAAUGAAUGCAAAUUCGAGAUUCGAGAUAACACAAUUUCCUGAAGUAAAUUGGUAUUUAAAUUGGGAAAUUCAAAGAGGACCAAGAGGAAGUUUAAAAAACGACAUGAUCUUAAAAUAUGGAAGAAAUCCUGAAAACAGUUUUAUUCAUUUAGUACAACAAUCACGUAUGCCUGAAUUGAGCAAUGGGGAAAAUAUAAUUCAUUUGAAAAUCCCUCGUUUUAACGUAAAUUAUCAUUUGUUUAUCAAGCAUGAUCUAAAAUUGACUUCUACUCCCAAGUUAUAUGCUGAAGUGGACUUGGGUUAUAAAGAUGAUAAGCAUUUAAAGGGAAUAGUAGACGUGAAGUGCGAAUCUAAAAAUCCUUUAAAAGCGUCAGUGAAACUUGAAGUGGAGCAUCCAGGAGAACAUUACAUUUACGAGAAUGAAAUAGUUGAAACAAGUUAUAAUAUCAUAGAAGGUAAAUCAAAAUUUCAGUAUAAGCAUGGUAAAAUAAUCUUGUUAAAAUAUAAAUACAAGAAAUUAAGCGACGAUUCAAAAUUUCACCAUGAAAUUGAAAGUUCCUUACAAACACCUGCUACAUCUUCACCAAUAAAAAGUAAAGUUUCAUUACAAGUUAGUAAUACAUUUUUAACUGCUGUAGGACAAGUUGGAUCUAAGUAUUAUCUUCAAGCUUACUUAAGUCAAGAAGGCGUUUCUCAUAUCAAUUUGAAAUCUCCUAUGAUAGAAGGGAAAAUUAAAUUAACCAAUGAAGUGCCUAGGAAAAAUAUUAAUUUAGAUUUGAAUCUAAAAACGUCCAAUCCUCGCCAUGUCACAGCGUCACUUUUAGCUGAGAAGUUAGGUGAAAAGAAAACAUUUCUGCUGGAAAUUAUUCCCGAUGUUGAUCGUCAGAACGAAAAUAAAAUAUUGGUGUCUUCAGUAAUGGAAGUUUCCAAGAAAAGCACUGGAGAUACUUAUUGUAGGAUAUCUAAAUUGCAUAUAUUUGAUCUAAUUGACAUUUCUUUGGCAGAAUCAGGAGAUGACUCGUUUCUUGGUAAUCAAGAAUAUGAUUUGGCUUAUAUUGCGAGAGGUUGGGUACCGACAAAAGUUACAUUCAGAAGAGAAAUUAGUGAUGCAAACUCAACAACAUUUAUGAUUAUUUCAAGAAAAGAGAUUGAUGUUGCAGAAAUUCAAAUUGAUACCAAUUUAACUGAAAGACAUAAUAAAAAGCAGCUUUCUUUCAAAGGGUCUAUUAUGUCACCGAGCCAUUCUUUUGAUAAUGUGGAUUUAUAUUUGAUUCAAGAAAUAAUCAGUUCAGAUUCUUCAGUAUUAACAAAAUCGCAUUUAUUUUUUAAGAAAAAAGAAAACGUUUUUAAAGUAGAAUCGAGUUUUGAUCUUCAUCCUAAUAGUGUAGAAUUGAAAUCAAAAUUGCACACUCCAUUUGUAAGUUAUGAGAAGCUAGAUCUCGGUAUGCAUUUUCAACGGUCGGAUCAAGAAAUUCAGUCUUCAAUGAAAAUUGAAAUUCCCAAUAAUAAAAUGAUCUUCAUGCGAUCUGAAAUUAAAAAGAAAAAUCGCGGAUUUAGUGCUACUUGGAAAUUAAAUUCAUCCUUUGAAAACUUUGAAAACGUUCAAGCUCAGUUUAUUGUAUAUAACCAUCAACACAAGAAAUCCUUGGAAGUAUAUUUUGAUGUUGACGAUUCAAGGAUGUGCCAAGUUGGAUGCGUGGAACCAUCCUCAAAUGGAAACAGAAGGGGAGAAAGAUUUAAAAUAUCCGAUCCUCUAAGUAUUAAAAUCCAGAGACUUCACUUGAAACUUCAACGUACUAAAAGAUCUUUGUCAAUUGAAGGGAAAAUGGGAUUGACGAAUGGCAAGAAUCUUUCAAUAAAUUCUGAAACUAAAGUAGAAAACCACAGAUUAUCUACUAUGACGGUUAUUACAACUCCAUAUGAAAAGCUGAAAGAUUCUAAAAUAGCUCUCUCUGUUGAAGAUCAACCGUAUAAAAGAAAUAUCUUAGGUUAUUUUGAUUUGAAUGGACAACGAAAAGGUUAUAUAGAAUUACUUGGAAACACUUCAUUAAAUUCUUUUGGAGUCCAAGGUCAUUUCAAAGCUAUUCGAAUUCCAGAAAUAUUAGUUCAAUCAGAAUUUGAGAAGCAUGGAGAGUCUUUUUCAUUUUCUGCCAAUGUUUUGAAAAAUACUAUACCUUUUCUUGCAACGAAUUUAGAAAGGCUCUCAAACGGUAAUGGAGAAAAGUUGUUAUUCAAGGCUAAGAAAUUUGAAAAUACAAUUCUUGAUUUGGAAAUUUCAAAAGAUGUCUCUGACGAAUAUUCUUAUAAAUAUGUUUUAAAAACUUCCGGAAGUUUCACCCCUAUCUCUAUUACAUUUUCAACUAAUCGAAUUGACGACAGUUCUAUUACUAAAGCGUUUAUCAUCUGCCAAGAAGUUAGUCCUACAAAAUGUUACUUUUUGAAAUCAUAUCACAAAAAGUUGAUCAAUUCCAAUAAUUACAGAUAUUAUCAAAAGCUUAUUGUGGACUUCGCAAAAUCUGUUGGUGGAACUCCAGUUGAAACAUUAGGUAGUUUAAAUGUAUUUGUCAGUAAGAAUCAAUAUGACUAUAUGUCGAAAGUACUUUUUGAAACCAUUGACAAAAAAUUAGGUUAUGAAUUGAAAUUGCACAAAAGGCAGCAUGAAAAUGAUAAGUUAAUUCUGGAUGCUCAUACUUAUUUACCACAAUGUUCAUCUAAUUUAAAAAUUAGUAUACUACACAACAUUCAUCAUUUAAAUGUGGAGCUUGAAGCCAUCCCAAAUACAAUCGAUUCCACACAUAAAUUAAGUUUUGAGAUGAAGAAAGAAGUUAACUCUCAAUCUAAGGAACUUGUCGGAUAUAUUAAAAUGAAUCACCCUGAAAUGACUCAGCCUCUUUUACUUACCUACAAGUUUAAAGAAGUGGAGCAUAUGGCUUUUCAAGGAAAAUUGGUGUUGGGAUCAAUGUGGGGAAAUACAUUGACCGUCGAGAUGCUUCCUAAUUUAGAACUGAAAUCACAUGGAAGUGAAUCGAUUGUGUACAAGCUAUAUACAGAAAACAAAAGUCUAGAUAUCUCCUUGAAGUUGAUAAAACAAAGUUCUAGAGAUGAACACAAAGUUGGCUAUGAAUGGAAAUAUAAUUCUGGCAGCAGUCAAAAGAAAGGAGGAAUUAUGGUCAUUCAUUCUAAUAAGAAGGCUGAGCGGUCAAGGAGCAUCAAAAUCUUAUUUUUAACUACAACCUCUAAAUAUGAAAUUCAAGGAAUUAUUGUUCCAAAUGAUGCAAGUAUAAGGCUUGUCUCAAAUGGUCAGAUAAUAAGAGAAAUUCACUUGAAAGUUUCUGAUUCCUGCCUUGACAUAGAAAUUGUUCGUGCAGAUUCAAGCCCUAUUAUGAAGAGUACCCUAUGCAUCAAUCAUCGUGAAGAUGACACACUACAACUGAUGAAAGCUGAUCUGUUUUAUCGUCAGGACAAAUGUUUGGAUGUCUGCGUAGCUGCAGUACCAGAAAAACCAACGUUCAUUGAUGUUGCUCUGAAGUGGAAAAUGGCAGGCAUCUGUCGAGCUUUGAUCGAAGUGACGGGAUGGAAAGAUAUUCAACACAGUCAUUACCUUUCUCAUUUUGUUAAGGAGUUUACGGAAAAUUUCGAUUACAUUAGAAGAAAUGUUUUGAAAUCAUUUAGUGAGAAGUUAAAGAAGAAAAUGAAAAUAAUUGAAGAGGAAAUAUCAUGGAAAAUCAAAAGUGUAUUUAGGAGACAUUCCGAAUUUCUAAGUGAGAGCAUGGAAGCAGUCAAGAACGCACAAAGCGCUACUGUGUCUUUCAUUAAUUCUUUGAUAUCCUGGGAGUACUUCAAAAAUGGCGUCGUGAGAUUUUUGAACGAAAUUCAGGGAUAUGCCCUAAGAGCUUUGGAGCACAUUCAAGGCUUAAUACUGAAAAUGACUCAGACGCUGUGGUCUCAGAUUGAUCACUAUCGGAAAAAGCUCUGCAAUCCUGAUACAUUCUGUUACAGACUUGUUCAGAUAUAUCAGGGUUUUAGCGUACAGAGAAUUAAAGCUCUGAUUUACGGAAAGAUCGCAGAAAUAAGUAAGGAUCUGAAAGUGAGAAUAACAACAAUUACGUUUCAUGACAUAAUAAAAUGGAUUCAUAAUUCCAUUCAGCGAAUCAAGAAAAUAAUUGAAUCAGUGUUUGGAAAAUUUGGUGACAUGAUAAUUUCAAAAAUUGGCGAAUUUGGCAUGAAAUUGGAGAAGAUAUUGCGUCAAAAAGUUAUUGAUGCUAUUGACAAAGUGAUCGAUUACAUAAAUAAAAUAUUCGGUGACGAUGAAGACUACAAAACCGCCAAAUCUUUGAUCACAGGCGCAAAAAAGACGCUAAUGAAUGCUUGGAAAAACAAAGAAGAAAUCGCUGAAAACACCUUGAGGCCAAUAAAGAACAAACUAACUGAAAAUGUCAACAAAUUACUUGAAAAGAAAUUUCAGGUUUUGAAAUUUGAUCUUAAGGACGGAGUAAUAAAUUUUAGAUUUCAUCAACCACUAGGACCAAUUGAAAUACAAAUUUUAGAAAAUGAAAUGCAAACAAUUAAACGUAAUCUGGAAGAACUCCUCACUAGAUGAUAGAAAAAAAGGGUAGAAGAUUCUGUACUUUAUGUGUAUUUAGUUUUUCAAUGCUUCAAAUGUUCUUCAUCUGAUUUUAUAAUAAAUUCACCUGUUUAAAUAUUGAGUUAUAAAUAUAGCACUGCCAUUGCUUUCAAAUCUUAUAUUUGUCGUAUGUUCAUUGCGCACUUUUUACUCUAAUAGAAUCUUUGUAUUUUAUAUGAAUAUCAACCAUUUAAUCACAAAAUGAUAAAUUAGAUUAUAAUUAAGCUUUGAAUUUCUUAUCGCUAUCUUACAUGAGUAUUGUACAUGUAAGUUUAACUACCAUGGAAUGUAAAAAGACUUGUAUGAUAUCAAAAAGAUUUUUCUUUCAACAAAAUUUAUGGAAAUAUUUUGUUGAAACCGUUGGUUGAAAUGUCAUUUAUUUCUAGAAACUAGAUAAAGAACAGUAAACUUUCGAUCUAUUGCUUCGAAGUUUUAGAUCAAGAUAUUUAAUGGCGUAUUGUAGCAUGAUUUUGUUUCAUAAAUAACUAAUCGCCAGAUAUGUUAUUAUUUCUAUUUCGAAGCUCUCUGUUCAAAUUUCAAUUAUUUGUAUUAAAAUAAUAGAAAAAAAAUCGAAAUUUAAAGUUCUUCAUUUUUUCAUUUAACAUGCUUGAGGACGUGAAGGCUAUAGAAUUUAUUUUCAUUGUUGCAAAAGGAUAUGAAUGUUAUAACAUUCGAAUUUCAUAGCCACAGUAUCAUGCACCCAAUUCUGCAAAAAAUUUAUAAUUAUUACUAUUAUGUUUUAUGCUUUAUUAAUUAUUAUACAGCUGGCUCAUUGAGUAUUUUUAUUCUGUUUCGACUGUCUCGUCUAAAUAACACUUCUUAGUCUCGUCUAAAUAACACAUUGCAUAAAUUUGAAGUAUAACACCUUCCUAGCAUCUGUAUCCAAUUUAAUAAAUUGCUAGUCUAUUUUUGCAGUUUAUCAAAAUAUUUAUUACUCGUUGAUUACAUUUAUCCUUAUACGCGAAAGUGUUAAUUGCAACCAAUAAAAAGUUUAGUUAGAAAUUAUCUGACCCAAUGUAAAAAUGAAGAAAAAAAGUGAGGAAGGUAAAAUAAUUACACUUAAUUUUGCUUGAAGCUGUUCACUAUUUCAUUAGUUAAAUUUACUAACUAAUUUCGAAGUAA